UUGUCCAAUCCAAAGAGCCACAACGUGAAUGCAGCUGAGUGAGGGGGGACUGGAGGGGGGAGAAGGCAGCAGAGGAGCAAAGCAACACAAGUGACCGCUGUAGCUUCAUGACAACCAAACAGGCUUAGGAGAAAAAGCCCGAGCGGCGAGAGAGCGUCUUUACUGGGGGGAAAAGAUAGCAGAAAGCCGAGGGAGGGUUGCUGGAAAGGGCGCCGGGCCGUAUUUUUUCCCACGGAUGACUCUUUGUUUCGGUUUAUUUUAAGGGCAGAGGGGGUGCAGAGAAUAUCAGUAGUGGUAACAGGUUAGCCCUAGCCUCCGCCAUAUCCUCUGCUGCGUCGGAGCUUUCGCCGUGUCUUCCAGCACACCAUGGGGAACGCUGCCACCGCCAAGAAGGGCAACGAGCUAGAGAGCGUGAAAGAGUUUCUAGCCAAAGCCAAAGAAGACUUCUUACGCAAAUGGGAAUGCCCACCACAGAGCACAACGUGCCUAGAUGACUUUGACAGAAUAAAAACCCUGGGCACCGGCUCCUUCGGAAGAGUCAUGCUCGUCAAACACAAAGGAACAGAGCAAUACUAUGCCAUGAAAAUUUUGGACAAGCAGAAGGUGGUGAAACUCAAGCAAAUAGAACACACGCUAAAUGAGAAGAGGAUAUUACAGGCCGUGAGCUUCCCCUUUCUUGUCAAACUCGAGUAUGCCUUUAAGGACAACUCCAACUUGUACAUGGUGAUGGAGUACGUUCCUGGUGGGGAGAUGUUUUCACAUCUAAGACGAAUUGGCAGGUUUAGUGAACCACAUGCAAGGUUUUAUGCUGCCCAGAUAGUGCUGACAUUUGAGUACCUCCAUUCACUAGAUCUCAUAUACAGAGAUCUGAAACCUGAGAAUCUCCUCAUUGACCACCAUGGCUACAUUCAGGUGACAGACUUUGGCUUUGCCAAGAGGGUAAAAGGUCGGACCUGGACGUUGUGUGGGACACCGGAGUACCUCGCACCAGAAAUCAUCCUCAGCAAAGGCUACAACAAAGCUGUAGACUGGUGGGCCCUGGGAGUCCUCAUCUAUGAAAUGGCAGCAGGCUAUCCUCCAUUUUUUGCAGAUCAGCCCAUUCAGAUCUAUGAGAAAAUUGUGUCCGGAAAGGUACGGUUCCCCUCUCACUUCAGCUCAGACUUGAAGGAUCUCCUGAGAAACCUACUGCAGGUCGAUCUCACCAAACGCUAUGGCAACCUGAAAAAUGGAGUCAGCGACAUCAAAGGACACAAAUGGUUCGCCACAACGGACUGGAUCGCCAUCUACGAACGAAAGGUGGAAGCCCCAUUCAUACCAAAGUGCAGAGGUCCAGGGGACACCAGCAACUUCGACGACUAUGAAGAGGAGGAGAUCCGCGUGUCUGUAACGGAAAAAUGCGCCAAGGAGUUUGCAGAGUUUUAGAAUGAGUGACCGUGGAUAUAUCAGGGAAAUAAGGGGAUCUUUGCACUCUUCAAAAAGACUUUGGGAUGGAGCAGAGACCAUUGGUUUUCUUCUUUUCAGAUCUACAACAUAGUCCUUCAUUCCAUACAGCUCUACAUGAUCCUCUGGUGCCGAUAAUCUUCACUGUCACCUGCACCUGCUUUAACGGCAGACACACCACUUUUACUUUUUUACCUUCACUGUUUUUUACUUUCAAGCAGUUAGUCUUGGAUGUUGUAUACCCCUUUUGAAAUGUGAGAUUUUUUUUCAGUUUGAGAAAAAAACUGAGACAAAGGCCAAUGAUAGCCCAUGCACAGAAAAUGAAGUUGUGUGGAGGUUUGAUAUGCAGGUUUGAAUCUAUGUCAGGUGGUCUGUUACAAUGGCCCGCUUUCAGAGCUAGUAUUGUCCUAUGUGCAUAUCAUGUCAGUUGUGUAAAACAUUAUUGAACACAUUCAGUGUUUUUUGAAAUCAUGACCAAAUCUAGUUCAUCGGAAGACACCAGAAGAGAGGUUUUGUUCCUUUCUUUGCUUUUGCCUUAGAGAGCCCAACGGUCAGAUCCAAAGAAGCCAUCUGUCUUCUUGGUGUUUGGACCUAGGCACAGCAAGCCAUUAUAGUCAAUGACAAACUCUGUUACAUCAGUUAAAAAAAACACAUGAAGUCUAUUUUUUUGAUCCUUCUGGGUCUGCUAGUUAAAAUGCUCAUGUUUGUAUCUAUUUUUUGUUGCUGUGACUAACCUUAAAUAGGCUAGUAGUAGAGCUGCACUGUAUCUGGAGCACAUGGUCAUAUUCAGUAUCAUUAAAGAUUGCGAUUAUAAAAGUCUAGUUUUAUAAUAUCUAACAGUUUUUUUGCUAAGUUAUUAAGCUGUAGGUUUGGUGUAUAAACCUUCAAACAGCAAGUAGCCUAUGCCACAUCAGCCACGGGCAGGCAGUGUAGCAAAUAUAAAGAGUUCAGUGCAUCUUCAAUGGUAUGAAUAUGAAGACAUGUCUGUAAUGGUACAGUGCAGCUCUACUUUGUCAUAUUGGUCCAGUAUUUCAGGUCUGCUUCUGAAGACCGUUGUUACAUUUGGAACCAUAUUGACUCAGUGGAAAAGAAUGAAAUCCCUUUAUUGGAGUAAUGUAAAGUAAAUGUUUUGGCUUUGUGCCUGGACAUUGUUAAAGAAACUUUAAAAAGUAAGGCAGAGUUUAUAAUAUAAUUAAAGAUGUGAAAAAAAAUUAAAUAAAUGGGAAGAAAAAUAUUUAUGAUGUCCCUUUUUAUCACCCACCAACAGAUUUUAUUCUCAUCUAAAGAAUGUUGACCUUAAGGUAUUCAUGUUUGAAGGCUUGGUUUUAUUCCACACUUUUCCGUACCAUACACUGGCUGAAUAAAGUGAGGACUACUCCUUUGUAUCACAUGUAACCCUGUCAUUGUUAAGCUCAUUACAUUAUACGUAUAAGCAUUGUUUCAUAUGUUUUUAUUUAUACACAUUAGAGAUGCUAAUAAAUUUUAUUUUUAAAAGUG